UGCUUAAAGAUUUUUAAAAUAAUUAAGGAUAUAUUAUUACUGAAUUAAUUAUCAUAUUGAUAUUAUUCGCUCUCACCCAUUCUUCUAUUAAAUUUCCUAAGCUAUUAAUUAAUCCUCCACGUGUCACAUUGUCCCAUUCUCAACAAAGUGAUCAACAACAACAAAAAAAAAAAAAAUCCAACUAUAAUUCUUAUAUUAUUAUUGUACGUUGAAUUCGGAUUCAUGAAUUAGUCAGGGCACUAAUAAACAAUCUAUUAAACACCACAUGGAACGGUUGUUCGGUGCCCGCGAUAACAGGGGAGGAAUUAAAUUGAAAGCGAUCGAUGAGCAAAUCGCUACUAGUCUAGUUUAGUUUAGUUUCCUAAAGAAUUUAAGUGCAAUAACUCGCUUUAUUUUUUCACUGUGCAUAAAAAGAUCAAUUUUAUCCAUGGAACAAAUUUGUCCUUCAUCCUCCCACCUCCCGCGUAACAAGGACGGCGAGCUGGGACAGCUCCGCUUCUGUACUUGCUCUGCCUUCCCUCCACAAUGUUUAACUUUUCUUUUCUCCUUCGAAUGGCAUCAAGCUUCCCAUGUGAAAUCUGUAAUUGAAAAAGGCUGGUAAAGGAAAAGCUGGGAGUUGAAGGCGGGAUUGAAGCCCAUGGCGGGGACCAUACGAUCCACGGAGAAAAGACGAAGCUUCAGCGACCACCCACACAGUCGCGAGAAGCAGUUGAAUCCAAUUAAUGGGGACGGCCGCUUCCCGAUCCUCCCCGUCCUCAAAAGAUCAGGUUUGGAGGCGCAGAAAAAAUUGGAUUUUUAUUUUUUGGGGGGGACGGCGGAAGAAGAAAAUAACCCUCGCGAGGGGUCGGAAUGCCUUAGGGUUUCGAUGGAGAGCGUCGCCGGCGAGGAGCAGGCGGAGAAGGCCGAGGAGGUCGGCGGCGGCGGCGGCGGUGGGGGAAAGGAGGAGAGAAUACUGGUCUCCGUCAGGGUGAGGCCGCUCAAUGCCAAGGAGAUCGAGCGCAAUGACACCGCGGAUUGGGAGUGCAUCAACGACACCACCAUUGUCCUGAAGAGCAGCAACCUCCCGGAUCGAUCUGUGUAUCCAACAAUGUUUACUUUUGAUAGAGUAUUUGGGUUUGAAUGCAGCACCAGAGAUGUGUAUGAACAAGGAGCCAAGGAAGUUGCUCUUUCUGUUGUCACUGGAAUUAAUGCAACUAUUUUCGCCUAUGGACAAACUAGCAGCGGAAAGACAUACACUAUGACCGGGAUAACCGAGCAUAGUGUGGCCGAUAUCUAUGAUUACAUCAAAAGGCACAAAGAGAGAGAGUUUGUCGUGAAAUUCUCAGCUAUGGAGAUAUAUAAUGAAGCAGUUAGGGAUCUCCUCAGUGUGGAGGCUUCCUCACUUAGGCUUCUCGAUGAUCCAGAGAGAGGAACUAUAGUGGAGAAACUUACAGAGGAAACUCUUAGGGAUGAAACCCACCUUAAGGAGCUUCUUUCCAUUUGUGAAGCUCAAAGACAGAUAGGGGAAACUGUGCUGAACGAAACAAGCUCUAGAUCUCAUCAGAUACUUAGAUUGACAAUCGAAAGCUCGACUGGAGAGUUUGUAAGUAGAAAUAGCUCCGUAGCGGCAACCGUGAAUUUCGUAGACCUUGCAGGUAGUGAGCGUGCAUCUCAAGCCUCAUCUGCUGGAGCUAGACUAAAAGAAGGUUGCCAUAUCAAUCGAAGCUUGCUUACCCUUGGAACUGUUAUCCGAAAGUUAAGUGAGGGAAGAAAUGGGCAUAUUCCAUAUCGAGAUUCAAAACUGACACGUAUAUUACAAUCAUCCUUGGGGGGUAAUGCAAGAACCGCUAUUGUCUGCACGAUGAACGCAGCUCGUAGUCACGUUGAACAGUCCCGGAACACCCUCUUGUUCGCAAACUGUGCGAAACAAGUAGUCACAAAUGCACAGGUGAAUGUGGUGAUGUCUGACAAGGCAUUGAUCAAGCAUCUACAGAGAGAAGUCACCAGAUUGGAGAGCGAACUCAGUAAUCCAGGAUUAACCUCCCGCACUACCCAUUUCGAAGCUCUAAGGGACAAAGAUUCACAAAUCAAGAAGAUGGAACGAGACAUCAUAGAGUUGAUGCAGCAAAGAGAUCUUGCUCAGUCUCGUCUCGAUGAUUUGCUUAGAGCCGUAGGUGACAAUGAACAAGCUUCAAGACUAUGGGAUGAAUUGAGUCAGUCUUCCAUUGUGUCACAGAUGCAAAAUACCCAAGAAGAUGUGUGCUCGAUUUCUGGAACAUCUGGAGCCGCAUAUCGAAGUCCAGAUUUUUAUUCUACAAGAUUUUCCAGCUCAUCAGGCAUUGCAUAUCAAAGUCCAGAUACUGAAUCUAGAAGAUUUUAUGAUACAUCAGGCACUGCAUAUCAAAGUCCAGAAAUUGAAUCCACAAGACUUUGCACGUCACACGAAAGCAAUUACGAAGAUGAAAAUCAUUUAGAGCUCCAUAGUAAACUGGACAAAGAUCAUGACAUCUCACCUAGGCAUUCAGUUAGUAGUUCUGCAACCAGCGGAAUGAUCUUACAGUGGCGAAGGGGCAAGGGCUUUAAAUCCACGCAAGAAAAAAUUGAAGAUCACUGCAAGGAAGUUAGGUGUAUCGAUAUGCAUGCUUUGAGCACGAGCAAAAGCGAGGAAUCCAGUGCUGCAUCAAUGAUUCAAGACGAUGAUAGUCUACCAUCUCAGGGCGAAGUGACUGACACAACAAAGCUUGAAAAUCCUGGAUCACAUCAUGGGGUCGGCAUAGAUUUGAUAACUAGAAUGGAGCAACCAAUGGAUACCACAACAAGUGCAGUUGGUGUUAUCAUAAAACCAUGUGCCGGUACUUCAUCUCUGCUGCCCAAAAUGGAUAAAUUAAUGGCCUCUGGGGAAUCGGCACAAACUAGAAGUGGUAAUAGCAAUGGGAUGCUAAUGAUUGCUUCAUCUUUUUCAUCUGAAGAUGCAGAGCAGCAUCAUGAGACACAACUUGAUGCCAUAUCAGAUGGUGUUUUAACAAACACGUCUGAGUCUGGUCAUCAUGCAAAAAAUGUGGCACGUUCGCAUGAAGAAUCUCACAGAACUAUCGAACUUUCAGGUGAUGUGGUCGGAACCGGGGAUAUUUUGAUUGUUCAUGAGGACAAUGCGACAAACAUCAGUAAUUGUUCUCCAAGGGUUGUUCAGAGUCAGCAUCACAGGGAAUUACGUGAUGAUCAGGAGAACCAAGACUCACAAGUUGAAGAUUCUGAAGUCGAGAAAACUAUGAUGGAUGUGGGAAUAGACUCAGUACUUUAUCCGGUUGAAUCUCCUUCAAGAUGGUCGUUUGAUUUUGAGAGGAAGCAACAAGAGAUAAUUGAGAUUUGGCACGCCUGCAAUGUGCCCAUGGUACACAGGACCUACUUUUUCCUUCUUUUCAAUGGCGAUCCAACCGACCCCAUCUACAUAGAAGUGGAACACAGAAGGCUAUCGUUUCUGCAAAACACAUCGUCUCAUGUUCAUUGUGCCACAGCAAUAGCACCUGAGAGUAGCCGAAAUCCUACUUCUUCAAGCCUAAGGUGUCUCCGUCGCGAAAGAGAAAUGUUGUACAAGCAUAUGCAGAAGAAGCUAACUCUGCAAGAAAGGAUCUCAUUGUACACCGAUUGGGGAAUCAAUCUCGACUCCAAACAGAGGAGAUGGCAGCUCACCCAGCGCAUCUGGACCCAAACCGACAUGGCACAUGUCAAGGGGAGUGCUUCCCUUGUGGCGAAGCUAAUCGGUCUCGCGGGGCAAGGGCAGGUCCUCAGGGAGAUGUUUGGACUCAGCUUCCUACCACAACAAACUAAUCACAAAUACUUCAUCUGGAAGAACAAAAAGUCAACUUCUAUGGCAUGAUCCACGAUUAACUGCCAUGGACAGUUUGACUUCUACUAAUUACAUAUAUAUUUUAAUCUUUUUUUUCUUCUCAUUUCUGUAAUCUUGUGAUUCUUUAAUUAUGGACUCUACCUUGGUUUUCUCAUGAACUUGGACAAAAAUAUGAUGAUGGUGAAAUAGGAGAUAACAUUUUAUGCAGAGUGAUUGCAUUAUGAUUAUAAAUUAUAAA